GCGCGAGCCGCUUUUAUCCGUACGCCGACCUUCCCCGCCGUUGCUCGUGUCCGUCGUGCACGUGCGUCUCGCGUCGCGCUAAGUCUCUUGGCGUCGCUGUGAAGCAUCCGCUAAGCGCCCGUUAUAAGCACGAGCCUGUAUCGCGCCGCGGAACGCGAAGCAAGCGUCCGCCUUUGUCGCUCUCCGCCAAGUGCUCGCUAACUGCUCAGUUCUCGUUCCUUUUGCGACAUAUCGUGCUUAUCGUAACCAACUGGUAACCAGGUGGUUACCAUUUCCAGCCUGUCGUUUCGCCGCCCUCGCUGCUAUUGGUAGGCGCGACUAUUAGUUCCCCUAGUAGGGUGCGGUGCGAUGUUGCAAAGACCGACUUAGUUCCACUUUGUUGCUGUCAGGUCGACUCGAGAGUCGCAUAAGUCACCAGGGCCCAGGGUGCAACUUAGUGACCGAAGUACAACUCAGUCGCUUGUCAUUAGUGCGACUUAGUUCCAGGGUUCGCUUUCACCCCGUGAAACACGGCCGAGUCUGCGAUUGGGUUGGUGCCCCUGAUUCUCGAGACCGAGUCCGUGACUGAUGCGGCAUUCCUUGGAAAAGGCUUCUGACGCGACUUUAAACGAAGGCUGGGAGGAGGCUGCUGAGACGCCUCCUAGUCUGAGACUUGCCUCCAAAUGGGUCGGUCGCGGGGAGCUGGGGAGGAGGACCACGCCCCCAGUGGCGGCUCCAGGCCCAAGCGUCGCCGUUAUGCCACCACAAGUUGGCAAGACGCCGUGGGGGGGGGGAACACCGGGGGAGGCACAGGGGUAGGGGGAGAAGGGGCGGGCGCAGUAGCAGGGGGAGGGGGAGGGGGAGGAGGAGGGGGGGUGCGGAAGGGGGUGUACCACUGCAACUACUGCCACAGGGAUGUGACAGGGGAGGUGCGGGUGAAAUGCGCUUCAUGCGUGGACUUUGACUUGUGUGUGGAGUGCUUCUCGGUGGGGGCUGCCGUGCACCCCCACAAGUCCAACCACCCAUACCAUGUGAUGGACACGAUGAACUUCCCGCUCAUUCAUGAAGACUGGAGUGCGGAUGAAGAGAUGCUGCUGCUGGAGGCCCUUGAGAUGUACGGGAUGGGCAACUGGGCGGAGGUGGCGGAGCAUGUGGGGUCAAAGAGCAAGGCCCAGUGCCACGACCACUACCUCUACGACUACCUGCUGUCACCAUGCAGCCCUCUUCCUGACCUGGCUUGCCUGCGCACCCAAGUGGACACGGAAGCAGCCAAGGCGGCAAUGGAGGAAGGGGAGGCAGCAGAGACUGCAGCAAGGGCGCAGGAGGCAGCACAGAUCAGCAUUCCCAUGGUCAAGCCAGAGCCCGGCAGCAAAGCCGACGACACAAGCGCAGCUCCCAUAACCAGCGGUUACAACGCAAAGCGCAACGAGUUUGACCCGGAAUACGACAACGAGGCGGAGGCUCCCCUGGCAGAGCUGGAGUUCAAAGACUCGGACUCGAGUGUGGACCGGCAGCUGAAGAUCAAGAUGCUGCACAUCUACUACUCCAGGCUUGAGGAACGGUCUCGCCGCAAGGCGUUCAUAUUGGAGCGUGGGCUCCUGGACCCGCGGAGAGUGGACGGAACGAUACGGCCAGAAUCGAGCAACGCCAACAGCAGGGAGAGGACGGAUGAAAGCACGAAAGAAGGGGGCGCGGACAGACAAGGCGGAACCGAGGGAGGGAUGGGGGAGAGAAGGGGAGAGGGGAGGAAGCGCGGAGGCGGAGGGAGAGGAGGCGGUCGCGGGAGGAGCGGGAGAUGUUUCUGCGGUGCCGGGUGUUUGCACGGUUCUUGAGCCCUGAGGAGCACGAGGGGUUGGUGCAGAGUUUGACCCAGGCGCAGAAGCUCAGAGACAGAGUGGCUGUGCUGCAGGAGCUGAGAGCAGCGGGGUGCAAGUCUCUAGCUGAAGGCCGUCGGUUCAUCCAGGCUCAUUACAAGGACAACCCCGCUGCUGCUGCUGCUGCCAUCGCGUGCCUUCCGCCUUCUGCCACAGCCAUCAGCACAUCAUCCCCAGCAGGGGGCCCCUCCUCAGCCGCUCUUGACAUAUCCUCUCACCCUGGAUGCGACCUGCUAUCAGCUAAGGAGCUAGAACUCUGCACACACAUGCGACUGCUGCCAGGACAUUACCUCCGGGCCAAGCAGGUUAUCCUCCAGCAGGCUGCCACCUCAGGAGGCUCUAUUUCACGGGCAGCUGUGCAUAAACUCUUCAGACUGCCCCCAGCCACCACUGACGCCAUCUUCAGACUCAUGGUGGGAGCUGGCUGGAUAGCAGAGGCUGGGGGGGAAUGACGCAUUUUUUAGACUCGUGGUGGGGGCUGGCCGGAUAGCAGAGGCUGGGGGGGAAGUGCUGGUGGGGGGAUGGGAGGGAUGAUGGUGAAGGAGGAAGGCAUGUGAGGCUGUAUCCUGAUCCACAGACUCGCAGUUUGGGCUGGGACCUUUGAAGCAUGAAGGAGGAUAGGAGGAGUUGUGGGGAUGGAGGCGGAGGGAGGGACGAAUGGUGAUGUCAGUUUCUCUGACCAUUUCUGCACUGGUGGCGUUCUCGUACCUCCAAACUUGCACCAGUUACGUUGCAAUUGCAGCCUUGAGGUGUCGUCUGAGCUUCGUUGUCUGUGGUCACAUCACAAACAAGCUGUCAUAUCGUAAUCACCUGGAUAGACGCCCCUAGGGGCGUUUACUAGACUGGUUUGAAAACGUGGGGGGGCGUUUAAUUGAAUAAAAAAUAUAAGCCCAU